AGGUUCUCAUUGUAACAAUGUAAGUGAUGACAACGAAACAGCAAUGCAGAGGCUAUUCAUUCCAAUGAUGCUGCAAUCAGACAUAUCAAUAGGGACCCAAUAAUACCUCGUCCGGAAUACAUUUAGAAGAGGACGGGAGAGGAGAUCUUUGACUGACCGGGAGGUAGCGUCUUUUGGCAACCAUCAAAGGAGCAAUAGGCUGUCCUUGUGGUGCCCUGCCCUGAUUGGGCCCUGGGCGGGAUGGUUCUCGAGGGAAGCUCCGAGGCACUAUGUCCCCCUUCUUCCCUGGAUCUGCGUCAGUCUUGCAAAAAGACGACCUCUUCUUCCUCGUCACCUCUAGUGCCCGCCUCCCAGCACCACGACAACCUCAUCAUCAAUGACAAGGAUCCAGUCAAAUAUGGGGAGCUCAUUGUACUGGGGUACAACGGUUCUCUAGCUAAUGGAGAUAAAGGAAGACGCCGGAGUAGACUAGCGCUUUACAAGAGGCCCAAGGCAAAUGGCGUGAAGCCAGACGUUAUUCACAAUAUAUCGACCCCACUUGUAUCUAAGGCGCUCAGCAACAAGAGUCAGCACAGCAUUUCGUAUACAUUAUCAAGGAGCCAUUCAGUGAUCGUGGAGUACACACAUGACACCAACACGGACAUGUUCCAGAUAGGGCGUUCUACAGAAAGUAUGAUUGACUUUGUGGUGACAGACACAUCCCCGAAUAGCCAGGGUGCUAAUGAGGGCCAGUCAGCCCAGAGUACCAUUUCACGAUAUGCCUGCCGCAUCAUCUGUGAACGCAACCCACCCUACACUACAAGGAUCUACGCUGCUGGGUUUGACUCGUCGAAAAACAUCUUCCUUGGGGAACGGGCAGCAAAGUGGCGGACUUCAGAUGGCCUGAUGGAUGGCUUGACUACGAAUGGCGUCCUGGUAAUGCACCCCACUGGUGGGUUCAGUGAUGACCCCUCCCCGGGUGUGUGGCGCGAGAUCUCUGUUUGUGGGAAUGUGUACGCCCUUCGAGAGACCCGUUCGGCACAGCAAAGGGGAAAACUGGUGGAGAACGAGUCGAACACGCUUCAGGACGGCUCUCUGAUCGAUCUGUGUGGCGCCACGCUGCUCUGGCGCACGCCCGAGGGGCUGAGACGGACACCCACGCUCAAGCAGCUCGAGUCCUUAAGGCAGGAGAUGAAUGCAGCUCGCCCUCAGUGCCCCGUGGGCUUCAACACACUGGCCUUCCCCAGUCUAGCACAACGUGAGAUUGUUGAUAAGAAGCAGCCGUGGGUCUACGUCAACUGUGGGCACGUGCACGGCUACCACAACUGGGGCUUUCGAAAAGAAAAGGGAGGCAGCGGGAACGAGAGGGAGUGUCCCAUGUGCCGGCGGGUUGGCCCUUACGUACCCCUGUGGCUGGGGUGCGAAGGGGGCCUUUACCUUGACGCCGGACAGCCCACCCACGCCUUCUGCCCCUGUGGCCAUGUGUGCUCGGAAAAGACUGCCAAGUGUUGGUCGCAGAUCCCCUUGCCCCACGGCACACACGCCUUUCACGCCGCUUGCCCAUUUUGUGGCACGUGGCUGACAGGAGAGCAAGGCUACAUCAAACUGAUCUUUCAAGGUCCCGUAGACUGAACUGCGAGAAUCCACCGAAGGACUUGAGCAACGGGGAUGACUUGCAAAUACAGACAAUAAGACGAGAGGGAAACUGUGUUUCUUUUUUUUUAGAUUUUGGAGAAAAGGAGAAAAACAAAAAACGUAUACACUGUCCAGCCUGAGACCAACCUAUGGAAAACUCUUUAUCUGCUUGUACGCGACCAAGUAUCAAAACCCAGAGCAGAAUGGUGAAAACUGCUUCAAGCUCUUUUGUAGUUAUACCUGCAGAAUAAGAAUCAAAUGAGAAAAAAAAGCUUUCUUUGAAGAAGGGAUUUAUAACUAGGCAUUAUUCAAUUACGCCUCUGUAAAGAGAGAAGUUCCUGUCAAACACUGUGCAUUUUCCAGAGCUCACCCUUUGCUGCUCGCUUACGGAUUUGCGGUCAGGCCAUUAAAGCACACCGGGCACUCAUCCGUCCGUGGUCAUGUAAACUCUGCUCUGGACAGCCACGCUGGAGGAGAUGUGAAAAAGCGCAGCCCGCUGACGGGUUUCGGCCGACGCAUUAGAAUGUCAAUAACGCUCCUGUGUACCUCAAACUUUUCAAUAGGCUGCUAGUAACAUUUUUAAAUACAUUCUUUGGAGAUGAUGCUUAAUCAGAUUUCCUUUUUGAUCUUGUUUUUCCACUCUCCCACUAUUGUAUUGCCAUGGCUAACGUGCAGCACAAGUGCUUUCUGUCUAGCAUGACUUUAAUCCCAUAGCCCCCAGGACCACCCCAGUCAUACUGUGCGGCAAGAUGGCAAUCCAGGGCUGUGGCCAAGGAAAGAGGAUGUUGGUCAAGAAAUUUUAAUCUGAUAUCCAUACAAGUAACUUGUAACUGGCGGGGCUAAAGAUCGGACCACAUCCAAUGGGCAGAAAUAAUCUAGGAGUUAGCGGCGAUAGCAAAGUGCACCACACGUCAACGGGUCAUCUACUCCGUAGCUUAGAGCACAAUUACCGAAAAGGAAACAACGACAUUGGAAAUCCACUUAGGCAGAAAAGAUGGAGAGGAUUUACAGGGGAACGAGAACAAAGGGGCGAAAGAUAACAAGAGAUACUGGAAUGGAUGGGGACUCGAGAAGCUUGGCUCGAAUGUCACCCUCUAGGAUAAACAUCCAAAGUCUUAAAUUAUUGACCCAUUAAUGCUACAUAUCAUAUUCUAUAUAUACAUAUGCACACAUAUCAUACCGUAUCUGUGUGUGCACAUCCUGUGACAAUACAGGGUGGGUGUCAAUCCAUGUCUAGACUUCUUAGUUGUUUGUCAAGAAUGUCACACACCAUUAAUCAAAAGAGCAGAAAGCGAGCCCACUUUUGAUAUUUUGAAGCGGAAGAACAUUUAAGUUUUAUGUCAAAAAUAAUCAAAGCUUAUAUCAACACCUGCCCAUGCUUUAAGCCCGAUUAUGCUAAGAACGCAUCUCAUGGGUACGAGAAGCCUGUGUAUUGGCAGACAUGUCUCCUUAGAACAAGAAGAAAUUAAGACAUGACAAACAGGCGACCCGGGUGAUAUUUGUGAUUUCUGAACAUGCCCUCCCCUUUGAGUUGGUCUAUCCUCUACCCGGACUGUGUUGCACAUCCAUUUUUUAUGUGUCACCAAAGCUUUUACUGAGCUUUCCCUGGCACUUGUUACAUUUUGAUGAGUGGGUUCGCUCGCUCCAAACGCAGAACGUUCCUCACAUCUGCUGUAUACCCAAAAUAUUCUUGUCACCCACAUCCAUUCUCACUUUAAUUUUCACAAAUGCCUAACUUGGGGCCUCAUCUGCUGAAGGCUGAACCGUCAAAACAAACAUUCUUUUAUUGUCAGCACUGUUGAAGUAUGGCUGUGUAUUUAGAUGUGAGCAUACUAUAGAACAAAACAUCUAUUAAAUAUAUUUCACAUAUACAUUAUUUAUUACCCACCUGCAUCAGUAAAGAAAACGUGUGGUGUAGCCGUUCCAAAAAAAAAAAAAAAAA